GCAGUUGUGUAUAAAACAGCAGGUUUGAAAAGACGCAAUUAAUUAAACUGAGUAAAUUUGAAAAGCGUAUCGACUUUCAGUCAACCCGAAAUUUCUUAUUCUCGAAGAAGUUAAGUUGCAUAAAAAAUGUGGCGAAUAAGUGUAAUAUUGUUAUUGGUGAUAGGAUCAGUGAAGCUUAUUAAGGCAUGCGAUACAGACAAAUGCUUUGAAGGAGUAGAUUUCGAUGUAGAGAAUUUGCCGAGUGAGGAAGAACUGAAAAUUGUUUGCCCUAAAAUCUCAAAAGCCUUCGAAUGCGCUGACGAAACAGUACAUGCAUGCACGGGAUACAGAUUGGAUGAACUAGCAGAAACUUCAUCGAAUAUUACUGCUGCUAAAGUAGCUUUUUUGAUGGUUAUUACACAAGACAUGUUUGAAAGUGUGUGUUCUGAAGUUUCUGUCACACAUAGAGCUUACGUUGAAAGUCGACAAUGCUACAAUCAAUACUUUUCGACUCCCAAAACCAAGUGUCUUGAUGAAGCAAAAGCUGCUUAUAGAGUUUACGAAGCAACUAAAGGCGAUACAUCCAAAGCAAAACAGUCUUGUGUGCAUCUUGUUUACGUAUUGGUUUGUCUUUCUCAUGAAAUUCAAGAAGAAUGCGGUGAAACAGCCAAAUUCCUUUUCGAAACACUCAUGACGAAGACCUUGAUGUGGAGGCACAUUGACUGUGGACUGGAGGACGUGGCAGAAAUAAAAACGACGUUUCUCCAAACACUGGAGUUGGAAGGAGAACGUAAGGUUUUCUUCGAAAAUGCUUUCUGGGAAUUACUGAAGUAAAAAUAACACUCUGCAUCAAGUCUUUUCCUGACACCGUUAUUACUUCAGUUUUUAUCUGCAGGAAAACUGAAGCAUAUUUGUAAAAUUACUGCUUCACGUUCUAGAAGUGUCUGAAUAAGAAAUAAAUAAUGUACCAUUAAAUAUGAAA